AUGUCCCGCCGCUUGAGCGGCGCCCACCACCGGUGCUUGGAGCUGGAGCGCGCCGCGAUAGGCCGCGCAAGGUCGGGGAACCUCGGCCUCGACGACGCGCUCAAGCUGUUCGACGAAUUGCUCAUCCACGCCAGGCCUGCCUCGGUUCGUGCCUUGAACCAGUUGCUUAGCAUUGUGUCUCGCGCGAAAUGCUCGUUGUCAUCCAAGCUCGUUGUCUCCCGAUUCAACCGAAUGCUCAGUGGCUGCUCCAACAAGGCGGCUCCCGACCGUUUCUCCUACAGCAUCCUCAUUGGCAGCUUCUGCCGCAUGGGCCGCCUGGAGCAUGGCUUCACCGUCUUUGGCCUCAUCCUUAAGACGGGCUGGAGCAUGGCUUCGCCUGAAGCACCUAUAGUCAUCAAUCAACUGCUCAAGGGCCUCUGUGACGCCAAGAGGGUGGGUGAGGCCAUGGACAUAUUGCUCCGACGAAUGCCCAAAGUUGGAUGCACGCCCAGUGUAGUUUCAUACAACACACUUCUCAAGGAUUUCUGUGAUGAAAAGAGAGCUGAGGAGGCACUUGAGCUGCUCCACGUGAUAUCUGAUGGUCAAGGUAGUAGCUGCCCACCAGAUGUGGUGUCAUACAAUACCGUCAUCAAAGGUUUCUUUAGUGAGGGUCAGGUGGAUAAAGCUUACAGCCUGUUCCUUGAAAUGAGUGUUUCCCCAAAUGUUGCGACAUACAGUACAAUCAUUGAUGGCCUGUGCAAAGCUCAUGCGGUCGAUAGGGCCGAGGAUGUCUUUCAGCAGAUGAUUGAUAGAGGUGUGAAGCCAAACCAUGUGACAUAUAAUUGUCUCAUCCAUGGAUACCUCUCUAUAGGACAGUGGGAAGAGGUGGUUCGAAGGUUUAAAGAAAUGCCUGCACAUGGUCUUGAGCCAGAUAGUUCUACAUAUGGUUUGCUUCUGGACUAUCUAUGCAAGAAUGGAAAGUGCAGUGAAGCUCGAUUUUUUUUUUUUGAUUCUAUGAUUAGGAAGGGCAUAAAACCUAGUGUAACUACCUAUAGCAUUAUGCUUCAUGGAUAUAGUAAGAAAGGAGCUCUUUCUGAGAUGCAUGAUAUCCUAAAUUUGAUGGUAGCAAAUGGUAUUUCACUUGAUCAUCACAUCUUCAACAUUGUGAUCUGUGCAUAUGCUAAAAAGGCAAUGAUAAAUGCUUAUAUUUAUCAAAAUGAAGCUGCAAGAGAAGGACGGGUUAUGGAAGCCCGGAGGCUCAUUGACUCGAUGGUAUGCAUGGGUGUGAAGCCUGAUGUUAUCUCAUACAACACAUUAAUAGAUGGCCACUGUUUAGCCAAUAGAAUUGAUGAAGCGUCACAGCUACUUGAUAGUAUGGCCUCAGUUGGCUUGAAACCUGAUAUUUUUUCUUAUGAUACAUUGCUUCAUGGCUAUUGUAAAGCUGGCAGGAUAGACAAUGCAUAUUGUCUUUUCCGAGAAAUGUUGAGGAAGGGAGUUACGCCUGGAGUGGUGACUUACAAUACUAUACUGCAUGGUUUGUUUCAGACUAGAAGAUUUUCUGAAGCAAAGGAAUUGUACCUCAAUAUGAUGAAAAGUGGAAAACAGUGGUCCAUUCGCACAUACAACAUAAUUCUAAAUGGGCUUUGCAAAAAUAAUUGUGUUGAUGAAGCAUUUGAAAUAUUCCAGAGCCUGUGUUCUAAGGAUCUUCAUCCUAACAUUAUUACUUUCACCAUUAUGAUUGAUGCUUUGUUCAAAGGCGGCAGAAAGAAAGAUGCCAUGGAUUUGUUCGCUGCUAUCCCUGCCCAUGGUUUAGUUCCGAAUGUGGUGACCUAUCGGUUAAUGAUGGAAAAUCUCAUACAAGAGGGGCUGCUUGAUGAGUUUGACAAUCUGUUUUUAUCAAUGGAAAAGAGUGGAUGCACUCCAAACUCAUACAUGCUAAAUGCUAUAGUUAGGAGGCUGUUGCGUGGAGGCGAGAUAGUGAGGGCUGGGGCUUACCUCUCCAAAAUUGAUGAAAUGAACUUCUCACUUGAGGCUUCCACUACAUCCUUGCUAAUAUCACUUUUCUCGAGGGAGGAAUAUAAGAACCUUGCAAAGUCCCUACCUGAAAAGUACCAUUUUCUUGAGGAGGUCAACAAUUCUAAGGAUCUUCAACUUGACAUUAUUACUUUCAACAUCAUGAUUGAUGCUUUGUUCAAAGGCGGCAGAAAGGAAGAUGCCAUGCAUUUGUUUGCUGCUAUUCCUGCUAAUGGUUUGGUUCCAGAUGUUGUGACCUACUGCUUAAUAGCAGAAAAUCUCAUAGAAGAAGGGUCGCUAGAGGAGUUUGAUGGUCUGUUUUCAGCAAUGGAAAAGAGUGGUAUUGCUCCGAACUCACGAAUGUUAAAUGCUCUAGCUAGGAGGUUGUUGCGUAGAGGUGACAUAAGCAGGGCUGGGGCUUACCUCUCCAAACUUGAUGAGAAGAACUUCUCACUUGAGGCUUCCACUACUUCCAUGCUUAUAUCAAUUUUUUCGAGGGAGGAUUAUCAACACCAUGCAAAGUCCCUGCCUCAAAAGUAUCGUUUCUUCAAUGAAGCCAACAAAUGA